UGCGUCAUCGGCACGCGCCGCACCCGGAAGAGACGUGGCAGCGGAGGGAUAGUCGGGGCGGCCGGAGCUGGAAAGAGCUGAGCCGGAGGUCGACGGGGCGCGGUGUCUACCCCUCGGACCAGCGCUCCCGCUCAUCGGGACCGGUGCCGCGGUGCUUCAGGUGGACCAUGGGGCUUUGCAAGUGCCCCAAGAGGAAGGUGACAAACCUAUUCUGCUUCGAACACCGGGUCAACGUCUGCGAGCACUGCCUGGUAGCCAAUCACGCCAAGUGCAUCGUACAGUCUUACCUGCAGUGGCUCCAAGAUAGCGACUACAGCUCCAAUUGCCGCCUGUGCAACACACCCCUGGCCUCGCGGGAGACGACCCGUCUUGUCUGUUAUGAUCUCUUCCAUUGGGCCUGCCUCAAUGAACGUGCUGCCCAGCUACCCCGAAAUACAGCACCUGCUGGCUACCAGUGUCCCAGCUGCAGUGGCCCCAUCUUCCCCCCAAGCAACCUGGUGGGUCCUGUGGCCUCUGUGCUGAGAGAGAAGCUGACCACGGUCAACUGGGCCCGGGCAGGACUGGGCCUUCCUCUGAUCGAUGAGGUGGUGAGCCCAGAGCCCGAGCCCCUCAACACUUCGGACUUCUCUGACUGGUCCAGCUUUAAUGCCAGUACCCCUGCACAAGAAGAGAUAGCCAGCACUUCUACUGCCCCAGCCUUCUACAGCCAAGUCCCCCGGCCCCCCGCGACUCCCAACCGACCUGAGCAGCACACAGUGAUCCACAUGGGCAGUUCUGAGCCCUUGACUCACGCCUCGGCCCCAAGAAAGGUGUAUGACACACGGGAUGAUGAUCGGGCACCAGGCCUCCACAGGGAUUGCGAUGAUGACAAGUACCGUCGCCGGCCUGCCCUGGGCUGGCUGGCCCAGCUGCUCAGGAGCCGGGACGGGUCUCGUAAACGGCCGCUGACCCUGCUCCAGCGGGCGGGGCUGCUGCUGCUGCUGGGACUGCUGGGCUUCCUGGCCCUUCUUGCCCUCAUGUCUCGCCUGGGCCGGGCUGCAGCUGACAAUGAUCCCAACCUGGACCCACUCAUGAACCCUCACAUCCGUGUGGGUCCCUCCUGAGCCCUUGCUUGUGGCUGGGCCAGCCUAGGACCUGGGGCCUUGAAAAGGGGAGAUGGGCAGGUCUGCGGGCCCUUUCGCUGCUCCUCUUUCUCAAGUCUGAGACACUAAGAUCCCAGACCCAAAGCCGAGUCCACUAGAGUGGCUGUAGGCUGGGCCUGGGGUCCCUGCAGAUCAAGUGUCUGUCUUGACCUGCUUCCCCUGGGUCUCUGGCCUCCCAUCCCCAACCCAUGAAGGAGCUGACAGGUGGAAAUAAAUGGCAGACUUUAUUAAAAUUCCCAAAGCCUCCUUUUCCUUCCCCCUUCUCAACCCAAUCCCCAAGCCUCAGUGGCUCUCCUCCCGGUACUGCAUGGCCAGAAACUCCAGGGACAGGCGGUUGAAGAACAUGGCUGUGUUGAGCACUGAGCGGAGG